AUGGAUAUUGACGGUUCUUCAGUUGGAGAGAUUGAUCAAAAUUUAUUACUACAAUUCAGUUGUAUGAACACAACAGACAGAGAUGAACUUAUUAAUCAAAUGCAGAGACUCUUGGGUCCUAGUAUAAAUUAUAACACAGCCAGCUUUUUCUUGGACAUGAGUAAUUGGAACCUACAAACAGCAAUAUGUUGUUAUUUAGAUUAUACAUUACCACCUAAAUUGCCAUCCAUGUCACUUAAGGCUGCACAAACUCAAGAGGCUGCUGUAGGACCUGGUGCAUGUUUUGAACAAAGUUGGAACAUUGCUAAUACUGGUGCCGAGGGGUGGCCAGGCAGCUGUAGGCUGAUUCAAGGCGGAGGUGAACCACUAGGUGCUACACCUGUCUAUGUUCCACCUUUACCUGCAGGACAUUCCACUACAGUUACAUUAAAGUUAGUAGCGCCAACUACACCAGGCAUUCACAGAGGAUAUUUCCAUUUGGUGACUGACAAAGGAGAUCAAAUAGGAGAUACAUUGUGGGUGGAAAUUACUGUGGAAUCAGAGAUUACAAUGGCACUUGUUGAACAACUGGCUGCUUUACCCGUCCCAAGUAGUAAUGGUCAGAUGCCACCUCAAGAUGAUCAGAUGUGUUGA